AUGGCGGGAGAACUUUGCCGUCCUACCCUUCUCACUAUUGUAUUCCUGCUCCUUACAGGUCUCUAUGGUUUCGUCAAGUUCUCGCAUGAGAAUGACUAUGCUACCGAAGGUAAAGCAGCAGCAAUUGACUUGAAGGAACCUAUUCAUCUCACCUCUACUUCCGGUCUUCAUCUCCUUGUUGAACAUCCUAUUGUUGAUUCUACUCGUCCACUCAUUACCUAUGCAUACACUGAGUCCCUGGCUGCUCGAGAGAGCCUAAUGUUUUUCGUCGAACAUGGCUUGCAUGGCAGCGCGGACUUCAUCUUCAUCCUCAAUGGACCCACCAACGUCGCCAACCUAAUCCCAAGCAAGGCCAAUAUCCAAGUCAUCUCGCGACCAAAUGAAUGCUUUGAUCUAGGCGCCCACGGGGAAGUUCUCCGCAAGAAUGGACUGUGGAAGAAGUACAACCGCUUCAUCAUGCUUGGUUCUAGUAUCCGAGGGCCUUUCAUGCCAUACUGGAGCCGCAGCUGUUGGAGCGACGCGUUUCUAAGCCGUGUCACUAAGGAUGUCAAGCUCGUAGGAACAACAGCAACCUGCCACCCCAAAUUCCACAUCCAUCCCACGAUCUGGGCCACGGAUUUACUCGGCAUGGAACUUCUCCUGAACCCACCCAAGAACCCGCCAGACCCAUACGCACACCACGAAAGCAACCAAAUAGUCGCACUGGGAGGCUGCUACAAGAACCAAGCGCAAGCAUCCCGCGGCGAGAUCGAAGCAACAUAUGUGAUCAAAAAGGCAGGAUACAAAGUCGACGCCAUGACAGCAGCAUUCCACGAGACCGGAAGCUACGAAGAGGACUGUUCCAAAGACUGGGCCAAGGAAUCGGUGCUGUACCAGCACUUCUACAGCAGGACCGCCCAUCCGUACGAGACGUUGUUCAUCAAGGCGGACAGCGGUGUCGAUCCAGCUACCCUUGCCGCUCAUACAGAGUGGUACAAACCUCGUGAUGGGAAUGGCAGCUGGGAUAUGUGUCGUUAAGAAGGCUAAGAUGGCUAAGAUGAUUUAUCUGGCUUGCGCAGCAUUACGAGGUGCCGUUGCG